AUGACUUCACCAUACCCACCCACUCCUCAAAUCUAUCCCCAACAACCGUACCAAUCAAACCCCUACCCAAGUCCAGAUUCCCAGUGGCAGCAACACCCCCAAAUGAAUUACGCUGCUCAACCAAUUCCCACUCAAAACGUGCAAAUUCCCGGUGGAGAAGCAGAGAAACAAGAUGAACCGUGCUGCUGUGCGCGUGGAGGCUGCUUCUGGACCUGGUUUGAUUGCAGGAUGAUAUGUGUGGAGUGUUGUCCGUCAUGUUGUUUUUUGUGUUGGUGA